AUGGACUCCUCAUCUGUCCAGCAGGACAUUGACUUGGAGAACAGAAGCAGUAAUGGAGCCCCUAGCAGCUCUGAAAAACUUUUGGAUUGUAAAACCAAGUCAGAUUUACCAGUUACAACAGAUGAAAUUAACAAUACCGGUAUUAACAUCAACAAAGUGCCAAAUGAAGAGGGAAGUUUGGAGACAAACAGCAAAAUGGACGCCUGCCAGAAUGGGCCAGAGUCGCUCUUCCCUGACUCCCCUGUAUCUUUUGACCCCACCAGCAGUGCACAGGGUCAAGAGUCCUCCCCAGGCUCAGUAGAGUCUUCACUCCCAUUGGAGAAAGAAGAACAAAUAAGACUUCAAGCAAGAAGACGGCUAGAAGAACAGCUCAAACAGUACAGAGUGAAGAGACAUCAAGAAAGAUCGAAUCAGUCUGCAUCCAAAAACCGGCCCUCCAGCACUCUAGAUCCUGAGCUGAUGUUAAAUCCAGAAAUCUUGCCAAGAGCUAGCACUGUAGCAAUGACAAAAGAAUACUCCUUUUUGCGGACCACUGUCCCCAGGGGGCCAAAACUGGGUAGCUUGGGACUUCCGGCAUCCUCAAAAGAGAGAAGAAGUUCAAAAUCUAAGCCGAGUAAGAUCCGGUCCUUGGCUGACUACAGAACUGAAGAUUCAGACUCUAGAAAUGCUACUGGGAAUUUUGUGUCUGCUGAUUUAUCUGGUGGGACUCUGAAGCAAAGCAGAAGUGGUCCAACAUCAGUUGUUUCUGAGAUUAGUCUACUCUCUGACACGGAUGAUCGAAUAGAGAAUUCCUCCUUGGCAGGAGACAGCAUUUCAGAGAUUGAUGGGAGUGAAGUGGGAAUGAGGCUGGAUGGAAAUGACAGUGACAGCUCUACCUACAGCAGCGUAUCAGGAAAAGGGCUGUAUAACAGUUUACAGAAUGCAGAAGGCAAACAGGCUCUUCCAUAUACAAUAAAUGGUCAGAACAUACAUCCUGAUGCAAUGGGGCAGUUUCCUUCAAUCAGUGAGGUGCUACAGGCUGCGGCAGUGGAACACCAAGCACAAGAGCAAGACGUUAAUGGGGAAGUACGGAGUAGGAGAGACAGUAUUUCUAGCAGUGUUUCUAUGGAAAGCUCUAUCGCAGGAACUCAUGAUGAAGUGUUGCAGGUUCUGAAGGAGAAGAUGAGACUUGAAGGGCAACUAGAAGCACUCUCACUAGAAGCUAAUCAG